CCCAAGGCCAGCCAAUGAGUGAAGGCGACCACAGGCACAGCGGAAAAGGAGGGGCUUGUGGUUGCCAAGAAGCCGCUUCCCUCGGUCCCCAGCGCCGCUUGCCUUCCUCCUUCUUUGUCCGAUUUUAUGAUUGGUGUACACACUAGUGAAGUUCCUUCAAAGUUUCUCUAGGAGCAAGGUGCUGGAAUGCCAUUACCUCUCUUUCAACCAGACUAGUGUGAUCUAUCUCAUUCCAAAAACAAGGACUGAUAUUUCAUCCUGAUCCUUUUCAUUUUUCAGCUUGCCUGGCAAAGGAACUCCCAAAGCCAAAUCCGGAUUCUAUUAUUGGAUUUAUGGAUAAGCCAAAAAAACAGGAAAAUCAUCCUAGAGAACUGUCAUCAUACUAUCCAAGUAAAACACAAGAAAAUAAGCAACCAUGGAGUACAAGUGAAAAUGAAGUAAACUGGCUGAAACAAGAUACUCUAAAUGAACAGACUGAACUGGAGAGAAAACUUCAGGAAACUGAGAUUGCAGCUAAUUCUGUAGUGUCACUAAUACCAAUAUUUAAAGACUUCCUUGCUGGGUUUAAUAGUGAAAGUGUGAGCAGUUCAGUUGACAUAUUGAAGGCCAAGUUAGCUGAUAAUGAAAAUGAAAAUAAUGUUCUUAAAAAGAAAGUUCUGGAAAAGGAGAACUAUAUCCAGGAACUUUUUUCUUUUAUUCAGAAAGAAAAAAAAAAUACUUUAAAAACAAGUCAGCUUUCACAUUCAGUGAAAUUGGUUCAAUCUCGUCUACAGCUCCAGAUUCAGAAAAAAGAAGCUGAAAAUGACCAGUUGAAAUCUUAUAUGAAGAACUUAAAAGCUGAGAUAGAUGAGUGGAAGCUACAAUUGAAAACAUAUGAACAGAAAAUUAUUGCCCUGAAGCAAACAAAUGAGCAAAAGAAAAUAGCCCUGAAAAAAGCAGCUAAAGUUUGUAAAGAAAGAGCUGACUUUUUUACAGCAAAUAUUGAAAAUCUGACUUCUCAACUUAGAGAUCGGGAAGCCAAGUUGUCUGAAGCACUUUCAGCUUCCCUUGCCUGGAAAAGUCAUUAUGAGAAAGCUGAAGAAGAAAGGACAGAUUUGGAGGUCCAGGUUGAGACUCUGAAAAAGAAGAUUACAAAUCUUUUGGAAGAACAACAAAAGAAAGAAGAUCCUAAAAGAAAUUCAAAUAAAGAUAUUCUUAGAAAACUUCACUCCAGUGAACCAGAAAAUGAAAACAUUCUUCUUGAGAAUGAAAAAUUAAAGAUCACACUUGCUAAUCUGGAGGAAAAAGUUAUUUCAGUUGAAAAUGAAUGCUUGGAAUUACAAAAAGUGGAGGAAAAGCAGAAAGCACUUGUUGAAGUGUAUAAAUCUCAGGUACAGAAAUUACAAAAGGCAGUUGAAGACGUGAAAAGCAGAUAUGAAAAACUAGUUUGUGAAAAAAAGCUAAUAACGCAAACCAAAAACUCAACAUUGGAGGAGGUAAGGGGCCAAAUGGAGUCGCAUUCAAAGGAGUUAGAACAUGUUCAUGGUUUACUGGAUGGGGCUGAGCUGAAGCUGCUGGACUGUCAGGAGAAACUCCUUUCUUGCCAAGGAAAAUACACAGACAAAUCCCAAACUGUCCAGGAGCUCCGGAAUCAGAUUAAUGAUAAUCAGAGUCUUUUGAAAACAUUCUCCUUGGAAGAGGAAAAUAAUUCCAAAUUGAAAUGUGAAAACCUUAAACAAAAAUUAGAACAGAUGGAUGCAGAAAAUGAAAAGCUUGAAAGGAAGGUGGCAAGCCAAGAAGAGUACCUGAAGAAGAACAAAUUCAAAUUUAAAGAAAAAUCUGCAGAGUACAAUGCCUUGGCCCGGCAGCUGGAAGUUGUUUUAGAAGAAGGAAAACAAAAGGUUUCAGAAGAAAUAGAGAAAAUGACAUCUAGAGAGCAGGCUUUACAAACAAAAAUAUUUGACCUGGAAAGUGAGAUUAGGAAAAAAAAUGAAGAACAAAACCAACUUGUUUGCAUAUUGAAUACUGAACCAGAGAAUCAUUGAAACUGUAGAAUCACAGAAUUUUAGAGGUGGAAAGUAUUUCGGAGUUUAUCUAGUUCAUCCAAAACCUGGAAAGGAAUCCUCAACCUAACCUGCCUGAGGAGUGGUUCUCCAGCUUCUACUAGAAGACUUCAAAUAGGGGUAUCCCCUUUCCUCUAAUAGCAGUCCCAGCCACUUUUGAAUGGCUCUGGUUGUUAGUUAGUCUUUUCUUCUGACAUCAAGACAAAAUUUACUUGUUUGUGACUCCUUCCCUUUGGCUCUGCCUUCUGAACCUAACCAAAAUAGUUUAUUCAUAGUACACUUGAAAACAUCUGUCAUGUUUUACCUGUGACUUCUCUAGGUUAAGCAUCCCAUUUCCUGGUGGGGCUUGGAUUCUAGGCCCUUUGUCAGCAUGUUGCUCUUUUCUAGGUUCUCUCUAACUUCUUGCUGUCCUUCCUAUACUGUGAGGUCUGUAAUGGAAGACAGUACUCCAGACAUAGUCUGACCAGAGUACCAAAGGACCAUGCCCCUCACUAUUUUUUAGAGGAUUUGCCUCUUAAAGCAACCCAAGAUUGCAUUAACUCCAUGGACUUCCAUAACACAUUGCUAAAUUAUAUUGAGCUUAAAGAAAGGCCUCUUUAACUACCAGAUCUUUUUCAGACAAAUUACUCUCUACUCCCAUUUUAAAAACUGUAGUUGAUUUUUUGAACCAAAGUUUUAUAUUUGUCCCUAUUUAAUUGUAUUCUAUUCAAUUCAUAUCAGGUAAUAGAUUCCCAAGAUCUCAACUCUGUCAUUCAGUGUGUUAGGAAUCUUUUCCAAGUUUGCGUCAUCUACAGAUUAAGUUAGUAUAGCCUCUGUAGUGCUGUCCAAAUUAUUUAUAAACAAAAAUGUUAAACAGAAUAGGGCCAGACAUAAAACCUUGCUAUUAGAGAGAUUUCUCUUUAAGUCAAUAUGGAAUCAUAAAUUAGUAUUUUGGGGAGUUUAACCAUUCAGCCAGCUCUGAUUCCAUCUAAUUUUGUCUUCAUCUAGCAUACUAUUUUGCCUCUUUUUUACAAGAAAAUUUUGGCUAAGAUCUAGGGAAAUGAUAUCUACAGUACACAGCAGGCAUUUAAUAAAUGUUUAUUGAUUGAUUUUCAUGAUCUUCCAAUUUUAUAACCCUAUGGAAAAAAAUAAUAAUCUAUCAUGAUUUGUUCUUGAUGAAGACAUACUGGUUUUUGUAAUAAUCAUUUCCUUUUUUAGGUGUUUAUCAAACAUUUAAUGAUCUGCUCUCAAACUUUAGUAGAAAUAAAGUCAUAACUCGUUGACUUCCAAUUAGCAGAGGCUAAUGUCUUCUCUUUUUUGAAAAUUGGGAGAUUUGAUUUUUUCCAGUCUCAUCACAUUCAGAUAUCCCUGGAAGUGCCUUCUUUCAUAGUCACACUUGAAGAUGUAGUUGAUCUGGGGUAUUCUCACUUGGCUUUUCUUGAAUAUGAAUUCUUUGUCUGGUCGCUUAUUCCUCUAGGCCAUUCAAACACCAAAUGAAAAUUGGACUGCUCCUCCUUCCCAUCUAACUAUAUAAAGUCAUCCUGGUCCUUUCUUUAAUUGUCCCUACAAGCCCUUUUUGUUAAUGUCUUUGUCUUUGUCUCUUCUUUCUUAUUCUGAAUACUAUCUAGUACUAGAAAAAUAAUGUUGCUCCUUCCCCUCCUUUUUCCUUCCAGAGUGAAAAGAUGAAAAAUUGAAAAGUUCAAAAAUUAAAUGAUUUUCAGGAUUUGCCAUUAAGUCAUCAACAAAAAUAGUAAUAACAUUUUCAUCAUGACCAAGGUUACAUCAUUUUUGAUUGUUUUAACAUUGCUCUCCUAAAUUUUAAACUUAUUUUAAUUGCUAUGAAUUUGAUUUUCUAGUUACUAUAUUAAAUAAUAAGGAUUAGUUUUUUAUAAAUGAAGCUGCUAAAUAAAACAGAAAAUAUGAUAUAA